ACACAAAGUGUGCCUCUGUUUUUCUAGAGACAGACACAGUGCAGAGCUGUCCUUAAAGCCAAAAGCAAACCGUGUUCACAGUUGUUCAGGACUGUCAUUUCCGAACAAGCUUAUCAUGGACAAUCAAACAUCAACAGAGAAUGGAAAAGACACGGAAUCUACUGAGGACCCACACAGAGAAUAUAGUUUUGUUGAGGAUAUCACAGGUGACAGCCAUGCUGCCUCUGCAACUGAGACAGUCAUUCCUCUAAAUGAGUGUGCACCACAUCCUGUCAUACAAAUGGACCAGGCGGUUAUGGACAGGUUGGGACAACUUUUCAAUCACUGCAUCCAGCACGUGUCCCAUCUGGAGAUGCAGAGGGACGAGCUGAUACAAGAGCUCCUCCGUUUGCAGGAACCCCUGCUGCGAGUGGUGGAGCUCCUGAGAGGGAAGCUGGUGAAGACACAGAGGCUGCUCACUCUGGCUCAGCUUGAUUAUAUUGCUGUUCGUGAAGAAGUGCAGCAGGUGAAAAGGAAAAUAUUUGCCACAGCCAGAGACUGCAUCCAGAGCCAGGUGACACUGGCUGCACACGAGUACGAGGUGGCUCAGUCUGCUGUUACUCAGGAGGAGCUCAAGGUCUACAUCCAAACUCUGACCCAGGAGUUGUCCCAGCUCCAGGAGGCCCACCAGAACCAGCUAAACUCCCUGCGGGACCAGGCCACUAAGCCCUGCAGGCCCAGGGCCAUGAGUGAUGUCAGUCAGUGUCGCCAGUCUUCUGUGAGGCUGCAGCGGCGGCUCAGCGGCAGCGUGAGGGCACUGGAGGACUGGUACGAGCCACGGCUCAUGGCCCUGCUGAAGAGAAGGCAGAUGGGGGAGGAUGCCCUGAGAAAGAGCAGGGAGCAGGUGAUGGACCUGAGGGCCAGCCAGGGGCCCCUGAGAGAGGACAUAGACAGACUACAGAUGCAGAGAGCCUGCCUGGAGCAGAGGAUCAGUCUGAUGGAGAGGGAGAGGGAGGAGAGCAUCACACAACAUAAGGAGACGGUGAAGACAUUAGAAGACACUUUGAGAGAACUACAAGUGGAAUUUGAGGUUCAAAAGAAAUCUAAGAAAGAUUUGGAAGACCACACAGGUGACCUUUUAAAAGAACUGACAUCUCUGAGAUGCUGUAGUGAACCUGGUGAAACCAGUGCAGAAGGGGAUCCCUGAUUUUGUUUCCUGUUGAUAUUUGUUAAGCCCAUUAUCCACACCAGACCAAACCACUGCAUCACAUUUACAUUUUAGCAAAUAAUUCAAACAGUAAUUAUUUGCUUCUACUGAUUCAUUUACUUUCCAAUCAUAUUUUACAAAACAAAUUACUCACACAUACAGUUAAAUAUCUAGGAAGUUGCACCAA